AUGGACUCAGACCUCGCUCAAGCCUUCCACAAAGAAGUCACCUGCCUCUUCUGUCUGCAUUACCUGACAGACCCUGUCACCUUAGGCUGUGGGCACAGCUUCUGUAGGCCCUGUGUCUGCCUGUUCUGGGAGGCAGCUGAAGUCCCUGCCACUUGCCCUGUGUGCGGGCAGCCGUCCCAGCUGACACACUACAACACCAACUUCCUUCUCAAGAAUCUGGUGUCCACCGCCAGAAAAGCCAGUGUCCGGCGGUUCCUGAGCUCUGAGGCUCAGAGGUGUGGGCCCCACAAGGAGGCCAAGCAGAUCUUCUGUGAGGAGGACAGGAGCCUGCUCUGUAGGCACUGCUCUCAGUCCCCAGAACACGAGACCCACAGGCACUGCUCCACCGAGGGGGCGGCCGAGGAGUACCGGGAGAAGCUCUCCAAGCAGAUGAGAUCUGUGUGGCAAAAAAUCCAAGACAUCGAAAGAAACCUCGCUAAAGACGGCAGGAUCUCCAUCUACUGGAUGAUGUAUGUGACUCAUCACAAAGACAUGACCAGGGCUGUUUACCGGCCACUGCACCCGAUUCUCCUGGAGGAAGAACACCAACACUUAGAGCUUCUGAAAGAGGAAGGCCAAAAGGGAGUUGCACAACUGGAGAAAAUUCGAUGCCAAAUUCUUGACAGGAAGAGGCACCUAAGGAUGGUGUACAGGGAGCUGAGAAAGAUGUGCCAGAAACCAGAUGUGGAGCUGCUCCUGUGGAAAGGGCAUGAGUCUUCCUCAGCCCUGUGUGCAAGAAGUCCUGGGCACCAGAGUGAUGACUUUCAUCUUCCUCCUUGCAGGAGUGAGCAAGCAAUACAGGGGCACAUACCUCAGCGUCUGAGACCAGAACUCAGAGCACGACCCAUCACUGGACUGAUGGACAGGCUUAACCACUUCCGAGUGGAAAUUUCCUUCGAUAACGCAAUAACCAAUCACCACAUCAGGCUGUUGGAGGAAGUGAGAAGUGUGAAGUUUCUCCGGGACUCCGUCUCUGUGUGUCUGGCUCCUGCAACAUCUAACUACAUUGCCAGAUGGGGGACCCAGUGCUUGGCCUCUGGCAAACAUUACUGGGAGGUGGAGGUGGACGACUCUGGGGACUGGGCUGUGGGCGUGUGUGGGGAGACGCAGGCCAGAGCCGCAGGCCCGCUGACCGACGCCAAGGACACCUUUCUCCUGCUAUGUGUGAGGGAGGGCGACGGGCCCAGGCUCUGGACCACGGGCCCGAUGCGGCCUCAGUACACAGAGAUACCCCUGGGCAGCGUCGGCGUGUUCCUGGAUUUUGACAGUGGCUCUCUGAGUUUCGUGGAUGUGGGCAAGCGCUCCUUCAUUUGGAAGUACCCCGGAGAUUUCUUCCACUUCCUGGUCAGGCCUUUCUUUUGCACUGGCCGCCCACGUCCAUCGUCCACACCCAUUUACCCUCAGGGGGAAAGGAAAGGAUUUGACAGGAAAGAUCUCCCUGACCCUGAGGACCAACAUGGGGCCUUUGUGUUUGUCAAGCCAGAAGAGCUGGGUCUUCUCACGUGUACAGUCAUAGGAGUGUCGAGAAAUCAGUAA